GCUGCUGAGCUGGGCGUCGAUUUCUUCAGUUCGGUUUGGGUUUGUCUUUUGGGUUUUUUUCCCCAUGUGUUGACAUUGCAGCCAGGAUUUGCCCACAGAGGUUUUGUUUUCUCAUGAGCAGCUGGACUUUAAACUCUGACAUCUGUCCUGUGGCAUUUCCCACCAGGGCUGCGGGAAUGCAGGCAGGCACCGCUAGGCUCAGCGGGUAGCAAUGGCAAGGUGCUCCUGGAUAAUAUUCUUCCUUCUCUCUGCCCUUUUCCUUCAGACAGAGCAGGCAGUAUUUAUAUCAGCUCAUGAUGCAAACAGUGUUAUCAAGAGACAGAGACGUGCCAGUUCCAUACUUCUGGAGGAGGUCCUUCAAGGCAGCUUGGAAAGAGAAUGCCUAGAAGAGAGAUGUACACAUGAAGAAGCAAGAGAAGUAUUUGAAGAUGAUGAAAUGCUCAAAAUGUUUUGGGAUAUCUACUACGGGGGCAGGAGGUGCUCCUCAAGCCCCUGCCAGCACAAUGGUGUGUGUGAGGACAGCAUCCGUGGCUACACCUGCACCUGUGCUGAGGGCUACGAGGGAGAGAACUGUGCUUUUGCUAAAAAUGAAUGUCACCACCAAGCAAAGGCAGGAUGUGACCACUUCUGCUAUCCAGGAAGUGAUUCCUACCGCUGCUCCUGUGCUGAUGGCUACGAGCUUGGGAAGGAUAAAAAGCAGUGCAUCGCAUUAGAUGCAUGUGCAUGUGGCAGACUUCAAGACAGUGAUAACCUUAUAAGUGAAACCAGGAAGAAAAGUGAUGAGCGAUUUCCUUGGCAGGUACUGCUGCUAAACCCCGAAGGGAAAGGCUUCUGUGGAGGAGUGUUGCUAAAAAGUAACUUCGUGUUGACCACAGCAGACUGUGCCCUUCUGCACAGACAUUUCCAAGUCAGGGUUGGUGCUGGGCCUAAUGCAACAAGUGGAACUGGGAAGCUAAUGCAAAUUAGUGAGAAGCACAUCCACAUCCGGUACGACGAAGACACUGGUGAGAACAACAUUGCAUUACUACAACUCCAAGAGCAUGUUGAGUGUGACAGCUCCCACCUUCCCGUGUGCACCCCUGAGAGAGACUUUGCAGAACACGUUUUAAUUCCAAAACUGGCUGGUACAGUCAGUGGCUGGAGAAUGGAGGGUGAUGAACUUCAAGGCGAAGAGCUGCAGGUUUCAUACCUGCCUGCUGAGGACUGCAAGCAAAUACUCAACAUCAGCCUCACAAACAGGCAGUUCUGUGGGCACCUCCAGGAGGCCACAGACAAACACCUGGCUGGAGGGAGCUUUUUGGUUACUGACUACAAGGGCACGUGGUUUCUGACUGGUAUCCUGGGAUCCUGGCCGCUGGAAGACACGGACUGGGAAACACUGCUUUUCACCAACACUGCAAGGUAUAUGGUAUGGGUUAAACAAAAAAUAAAGUAAGACACAAACACAACCACCUCUCAAGCACCAAGCCCCUACCAAUUGUUGCAAGGAAACAUGGAUGCAGCCAGUACCCCCAUUUGACUCUGCUACUAUGUGCGGCAAUGGAAUUUGCAACAAUGACAUGUAUUUAACUCCAGUUUUUACAGAAAAGCCUGUUUGUCUUUCCUUCUGCUGACACACAGCACUGUGAAUCAUAAUACAGUAAACCUAGUUAUUGAACUAAAAA